CAGGUAUUGCGGGGGAUUUGUGUUCUGGUAUGGGUGGUAAAUAUCGGUCAUUUCCGGGACCCUUCUCAUGGCGGUUUUUUGCAAGGUGCAAUUCACUACUUCAAGAUUGCAGUUGCUCUUGCCGUUGCAGCAAUUCCUGAAGGGCUUCCAGCUGUUGUAACCACAUGUUUGGCUCUAGGAACGAAGCGAAUGGCACGGCUGAAUGCUAUUGUACGUUCUUUGCCAUCAGUGGAGACUUUAGGUUGUACUACAGUGAUUUGCAGUGACAAGACAGGAACUCUGACAACUAAUAUGAUGUCUGUUUCAAAGAUAUGUGUUGUUCAUUCUAUAGAACGUGGUCCUGUGAUUGGUGAAUAUAGUGUUGGUGGGACAACAUAUGCACCAGAAGGCACCAUUUUUGACAGCAGUGGGAUGCAGCUCGAAUUCCCUGCUCAGUCGCCUUGCCUUCUUCACUUAGCAAUAUGUUCAGCCCUUUGCAAUGAGUCUGUUUUACAGUAUAAUCCAGACAAGUGUAUGUAUGAAAAAAUCGGGGAAUCAACUGAAUUUGCCCUCCCGUGUUCUUGCGGAAAAGGUUGGGCUACCUGGUUUUGAUUCUAUGCCUUCUGCUCUAAACAUGCUUAGCAAGCACGAGCGGGCAUCUUACUGUAAUCACUACUGGGAGAAUCAAUUUAGAAAGGUUUUUACGUUGGAAUUUUCUCGUGAUCGCAAAAUGAUGAGUGUCCUUUGUAGUCAUAAGCAGACGGAUAUUAUGUUUUCAAAAGGUGCUCCUGAGAGCAUCAUAACUAGAUGCACUAAUAUCCUCUGCAAUAAUGAUGGUUCCACUGUUCCACUGACUGAUACAGUCCGCUCUGAGGUGGAGUCAAGGUUCCGCAGUCUUGCAGGAAAGCAAACAUUGAGAUGCCUAGCUCUAGCCUUGAAGCAGAUGCCUAGGGGUCAACAGACUCUUUCCUCUGAUGAGGAGAAAGACCUUACAUUUAUUGGGUUGGUUGGAAUGCUUGAUCCACCGAGAGAGGAAGUGAGAAAUGCUAUGCUUUCAUGCAUGACUGCUGGGAUACGUGUUAUAGUUGUUACUGGGGAUAAUAAGUCCACAGCUGAAUCACUUUGUCGUAAGAUAGGUGCUUUUGAUCACCUAGUUGAUUUUUCUGGUCAUUCCUACACUGCAUCUGAAUUCGAAGAACUUCCAGCAUUGCAACGAACAAUAGCGUUGCAACAGAUGGCGCUCUUCACAAGGGUGGAACCAUCUCACAAAAUGAUGCUGGUUGAGGCCUUGCAGAACCAGAAUGAAGUGGUAGGUGCAAUUGUGUUAAUUUUCAUUAAAUCACUGCAUCAGUUUUUAUUUUUCAUAUUCACAUUUCAUUUUUUUCUUCAAUUCCAGAGUGCAUCAGAUAUGGUUUUGGCGGACGACAACUUUGCUUCAAUUGUUGCGGCUGUUGCAGAAGGACGGGCUAUAUAUAAUAACACAAAGCAAUUUAUUAGAUACAUGAUCUCUUCAAAUAUUGGUGAAGUAGUUUGUAUUUUUGUGGCAGCUGUGCUUGGAAUACCAGAUACUCUUGCUCCUGUCCAGCUUCUCUGGGUGAACUUGGUUACUGAUGGAUUGCCUGCCACUGCUAUUGGGUUUAAUAAGCAAGAUACUGAUGUGAUGAAAUCUAAACCUCGUAAGGUUGGCGAAGCUGUGGUCUCUGGUUGGUUGUUUUUUCGUUAUUUGGUAGUUGGAGCAUACGUUGGCCUUGCCACUGUUGCUGGCUUUAUAUGGUGGUUUGUUUACUCUGAUACAGGUCCUAAACUACCAUAUAGUGAAUUGAUGAGGUUUGACACCUGCUCAACAAGGGAGACAACUUAUCCUUGCAGUGUAUUUGAGGACCUGCAUCCAUCUACUAUGUCAAUGACUGUACUUGUUGUUGUUGAGAUGUUUAAUGCUCUGAACAACCUUAGUGAAAAUCAAUCUGUUCUUGUCAUCCCUCCUUGGAGUAAUCCAUGGCUUGUUGCUUCAAUUAUCCUGACAAUGCUCCUUCACAUACUGAUAUUGUAUGUGCAUCCACUAGCUGUUCUCUUUUCUGUAACACCUUUGUCUUGGGCUGAGUGGACAGUUGUCUUGUAUCUUUCCUUUCCAGUUAUAAUUAUUGAUGAGUUGCUGAAGUUUGUAUCGAGGAAUUCCAGUGGCAUAAGAUUCAAGUUCAGAUUCAGGAGACCUGAUUUACUUCCGAAAAAGGACUUGCACGAUAAGUAGAAGAUUCCAUACAUAACUCAGAUUUUGUUUACUCACAGUGAACUUACUCGAAUACUGUAAUGAAAGGAAUAUAGGAAUUUAUCUUUAGAUAUUUGACCAAAUAGGAUCUUCUGGUUCUUAUAGAAUCUAUCACUAAAAUACCCCUCUAAGCAAUGCGAAAAGGGUUUCCAUGAGAUGAGAGAUAAAAACUAUAAUGAAAAGAAAUAUUACUCAGCCUGCAGUAUACAUACUCGAAAGUGUAAGGACACCCUUGUACUAAAUCCAUGCAUCUUUGGUGUGAAGAUGGGGAAAGAAAGAAGAUGCCCCAAUGAAGUUCAGCCAAAGAUAUCUUGCUGCAAUUGAUAUUAGGUAAACACCCUUGUGCUCAAUUCAUGCAUGAUUGUUGCAAAUAGCAGUGUGGCUUUUGAUACCGGAAGCAGACAUCUGUUUUCUAUCUGUUCACUCUAAAGAGGAGGAUUGUAUCAGUUUACAGGCUCAUUAAUUUAUUGGUUUGGACAAAAUAUUUAUGAUAAAGCAUAAAUGAUUGUUCUAUUAUUGUUUUUGUU